AUGAAAAGGAGCUGUCUUGAAGGAAUAGAAAAUAAUGUUUUUUUAACAACUGGAGAUCCUUAUAAUAUGGGAUGUGACUAUAGAUGUUCUUUUGAUUAAUAUGAUAGAAAUAAUGUGGCAAUUACUUUAGAAAUUAUUGGCAGAUUAGGUGCCGUUUUUAAUUUUCCUUUGACAUAAUUUACAGAGCCUUAUUCGUAUAUCCAAGUAGAUUUUAGUUUUUUAGGAGUUAGACCUGCUAAUCCCUUGAAUGUAGAUAUAAAUGGACUAGCUUAAAUCACUUUAUCUUCUUCACCAACUUAAAGUUACUUGGAUGACGCUCCUACUUUAUUUUGCUCAGGAUUUCAAGUUUAAAACGUUUAUACAUCUACUCUUAUACUAAAUUAGCAACUCCCUUUAGGAACCAAUGUAAUUGUAACAUUUUCAAUACAAGCAGCAGGCUAUCUUUCUUUAUUGAGAUCAAUUAGAAUAUCUAAAAACUGCACACCAAACUGCAAAACUUGUUCAACUAAUUCAUCAUGCUUAACUUGCUAGGAUGGAUAUAAUUAAUAUAAUUUCCCUUCUGGUCCUUAAGUUUGUGAGUAAGUAGGAGUAUGCUAAACAAGUAAUUGUUUUUCAUGUGCAUAGUAUAAUAAUUAAGAAGUAUGCUUGAAGUGUAAACCUGGAUUUGUAUUAAACUCAUCAUCACAAACAUGUACCGCUAACAUUCCUGCCCCUCAGGUUGCCUGUUAAGCAAAUUAAUAUAACUAAGAUGGAGUCUGCACUAAUUUCAGUUCGAAUGGGUAUUAUCAAGAUAGGCUAUCAGGAUAACUAAUUUUAAUAUAACCUUCUUAAAUAAAUGUUUAGACUACUUAUUAAUGUCCUUAAAAUACUCUUGCUAUUGUAUCAAAUUAAAAUAACUAUUAGGAUUACCAAUGUAGGUGCAUUUUUUAGAACUGUAUAGGCUGUUAAGAUAUUUAUUCAUGCACAUAUUGUGUACCAGGAAUGAUUUUUAAUAACACUUCUAAAAGCUGCUAAACUUUAAAUUUUUCAAGCAACAGCUACACAAUUAAAUAGAAGGUCGAUACUAACGGUUACAAGCUUGAAUUAGUAUUUUAAAAUUAGCUAAUAGCAACUACCAUAAAUCAAAGUAAUCUUAACAUCACUAUUUCUAAUUUUAAAAACUACACUUACCAGUUUAUGGGUUAAAAGGAUAAUUACACAUUAAUGGUUGAUAUUCAAUGUGAUGGUAAUAUUAAAAAUGAAUAUAUUUAUGUGACUAUUUCUGAUAAAACAUUCCUAUCUUAGAAUCUUAUGAAACCAUCUACUGUUUCUUAAGAGUUAGAUCCUUUUGUCUAUGUAUCUCCUACGGAUUUAAAGUAGGCAUAAGACUUAAAAACAGGAGGGACUGCAGUAGCUACAACAAUGAUUAGCUGUUUAAUCCCUAUUGCUUUUUUAGGAAAUUUUUAUGUGCUAAUAAAUACUAUCGAUCUCACUGGUUUCCUUUAUUACCUAUUAUUUAUCAACGUUAGAUUCCCAAUCAAUAUAUUCUAAUUCUAUGGAAUCUUUUAGAAUUUCUAAAUGGCUUUUAUUCCUAAUUUCUUUCAAAAUGCAAUCAAUCCGAAUUAUGUAUAAUAAGCUCCUCCGUAAUUCAUGCAAUAAUAAACUGAUUCAUACUUUUUAAAUAGUACAGGCUAAAGUAUUAGUGUUGUUCUGAUUAUCUUCUGUUUAUACAUUUUUGCUAAACUAUUUUCAGGAAUAGAAAUCAAAUUCGUUUAAGCUUAUUGUAGAAGAGCUUGUUAUGAAACAUGGGAAUACGGUGGAUUUUUCGACUUGAUAUGGUGCAAUUACACUUACAUAAUUGUUGGUAUUUUCUUACAAUUUUAUAUCUUCGAUUGUGGAGAUUCAUCUUGUCCAUUAAAUUAUUCCAUGUUUGCCUUAUGGAUUAUAAUUUGUUUAGGAGCUCCAAUAAUAAUAACUUAUGUAAUUGUUAACAAUCCAAAUAUCAAAGAUGAUAAAUAUAUGAGAACUAAAUAUUCAUCUUUAAUUUCAGGCUUAAAGCUCUUCAGUAAUAAAGAUUCAUUAAUCCAAAAAGAUGAUGAAAACAAUACUCCUCCAUAGACAAAUAAUUUAUUUCAAAGCAGUUAAUCAUAAUCUCAGUUAAACCUUUAGUAAAUUGGAUGGAGACAAAAACUAGUCAUGAAAUUUUCAAAAUAUAACUUGGCUAUUUUAUACUAUCGCAAAAUAAUAUUUGCAUUGAUCAUUGUAUACUUGUACAAAUACAGCUAUAUUUAAUUAGGCAUAAUAACUUUAAUGAAUGUUAUAGUUGCAGCCUACUACAUAGUAAUUUAGCCUUUUGAAAGUAAAUACGAAAAUAUUAAGAAUGCCGCUGCAGAGUUUGUUCUUAUUGCUAUUCAAAUUAUAAUUGCCCUUUUAGUUGAUGAUCCUAAAUCUCAACCUGAGAGUCACCGUAUUACACUAGGAUGGAUUGCAAUAGCUUUAAUUACUUUUGUAAUAUUGUGGUAAUUUCUAGGAAUCAUUUAUGAUUCAUUGUACAGUUUGUAUGAAUACCUUAAAGAACUUAAGUAAAAAAGAAACAGAUCAAAAGUUGCUAAUUUUGACAAUUAACAAAAUGAACAAGCCAAUAAUGAGUAUGCUUCUCCAUCUAUACAUGCUAAGUAGAGAACAGAUUUUUAAUCUAAGUUAGGUACCUUAGUAUUUUAAAAUGUAAAAGAAAUGCCUAGAGAAGAAGAUAAUGAUGAAAACGAUAGUCCAUUGCAGUCUUAGAGACUUAAAAGAAAUAAAUUUUCUUCAGUCACUUAAAUAAGAAGAGAAGGAAGUAUUAACAAUAUGGAAACAUUUGAUCAAUCUAAUAUUUCACCUGAAGUGUCUCCAAAUAGACAUAGGAUGUCUAGGUUGCAUAUGAACGUUUUUAAUCCUUAAGCGUAGUAAAUGGUGCAAGGAUAAGGAGAGACACCUCAUGAGUCAAUCUAUGAUAUCCCUCACUCCAAUAAUUAAAUUAUAGGAGAGCCUGAACAAAAAAAUAUGAGCAAAAAGUUUUCAAAAGUGCGCAGCAUUUUAGAAAGCUGA